GUCCCUGAGCAGCCUCCCAGCAGGGAGAAGCCCUUCAGGUGCUUGGAAUGUGGGAAGAGCUUCAGGAAGAGCUCGAGCCUCUUCACUCACCAGCACAUCCACACUGGGGCACGUCCCUACACAUGUGGGGAAUGUGGGAAGAGCUUCAACUCCAACCCCAACCUGAUCCAACAUCAGCGCAUCCACAGCGGGGCACGGCCCUACACGUGUGGGGAAUGUGGGAAGAGCUUCAACUGCAGCUCCAUCCUGAUCCAACAUCAGCGCAUCCACACUGGGGAACGGCCCUACACGUGUGGGGAGUGUGGGCAGAGAUUCAGGCAGAGGUCCACCCUCGUCAAGCACCAGCACAUCCACACUGGGCAGAAGCCCUACAAGUGUGAGGAAUGUGGGAAGAGCUUUAGGCAGAGGUCUGGAAUGAUCCUUCACCAGCGCAUCCACACUAGGCAGAAGCCCUACAAGUGUGGGGAAUGUGGGAAGAGCUUCAGCUGCAACUCCAUCCUGAUCCAACAUCAGCGCAUCCACACUGGGGAACGGCCCUACACGUGUGGGGAGUGUGGGAAGAGAUUCAGACAGAGGUCCACCCUCGUCAAGCACCAGCACAUCCACACUGGGCAGAAGCCCUACAAGUGUGAGGAAUGUGGGAAGAGCUUUAGGCAGAGGUCUGGAAUGAUCCUACACCAGCGCAUCCACAGUAGGCAGAAGCCCUACAAGUGUGGGGAAUGUGGGCAGAGCUUUAGCCAGUGCUUUGAACUGAUCCUACACCAGCGCAUCCACACCGGGGAACGGCCGUACAUGUGUGGGGAAUGUGGGAAGAGGUUUCAGACCCUCUCACAUCUCCUCAGUCAUGAGCAGACACACAUGGAUGAGAGGCCCUUCCUCUGCACCGACUGCGGGAAGAGCUUCAAGCAGAACUCCAACCUCGUCAGGCACCGGCGCAUUCACACCGGGGAGAGGCCCUACAAGUGUGGGGAGUGUGGGAAGAGCUUCACUGAGAGCUCUAAGUUGACCAGACACCAACGGACCCACCGGCAAGGGAAGCCCUCGAGUGCCCCGACUGCAGGAAGAGCUUCGGCCGCUGCUUCCACCCCCAAUGAACCCCCUGAUGGGGAGGCAACCCCUGGAGUCCAGUGACUGUCAGUCCAUCCCUUUUGACCACAAAGGGCCAGUCCCCUUUCCC